AUGUCAAGGGUAGAAGGUUACGGAAAGUCUGACCUGCGCUUCCAGCUACGAGCAUGUAGGACUGAGAUCGCCAUGGCAAUCCAUGACCCCUUCCCACUGCUGUACGGACUGGCCGAUCAUGACAUCAUCUCUGAACAGAUCCUGAAGGAGACGUUAGAGCGAAAGAAAAAAGACGGAAUCCACAAAGCUGUCUACUCCCUCCUAACUUUACUUCUGGAUCGGGACGUUGCCAUCCUCCAGGCCUUCUGGAACAACCUUUGGAAAGAAUACAACAAGGAGAGUUACCCCAAACUGGAAACUUUGUUUAUCAACCUCCCCAAAGGACUAAGGCAGAUGGUCAGACACACCGGGAACCCCAGGCUUGAGCUGCAGGCUCGUGGCCAGACGGGCAAGAAGAGAGGGGCAGCAGAAAAACAGCUAUCCCAUCGCCCUCAUCACUUCACCAAAAGAGCCAGCUCCAGCUCAGGAGGCAAAGGAAAGUGUAAGAGGAAAACAGACGGUGCGGCACUUUCCCACGCGUUUGUGAAAGCGUGUGUCCAGGCUGUCUCUACCUCAGUCCAGCGGGCCGUGACCGUGUCCACAAGCGACCGUCCCACUGCAUGCGGGACAAUGGAGGGGAUUCUGAUCCAGAAAGUCAUUGAGUCUGGAAGUGCCAAAAAAUGCAUCAAAGUUGGUGGAGAGUUUUACUCUUCGGGCAAACUGGAUGAGGGAGCUGGACACAAGACCGCACAAAACUAUACUCACCAGCAGGGGGAGCCAAACACCAGAGCAAUGGAUCAUCUGUACUAUAUCGUCAUCAUUGUUUUUUAGGUCGGGCGUAAUGAUGAUGAGUGUGCGGUGUGUAGAGAUGGUGGCGAGCUCAUCUGCUGUGACGGCUGUCCUCGUGCCUUUCACCUCACCUGCCUGAUGCCACCCCUUACCUCCAUACCCAGUGGUACAUGGAGGUGUCAGUUAUGCCACAGCAACAGAGCCAAUGAGAGGCCAUACAACUCCUCGCAGCCUGCUGUUCAUAUUCCCCUGAUGGAGACAAGCUCCGGCUCUGCUGUGGACUUUUCCUUCUUCUCCUCUAUGUCCUCCACUUCACUUUCCACAGUCACUGGAGACAAAAGUGCUCAGUCCACGGGCCUUCAGUCCGCAGAUGGUGAAAUGGCUAGUGUCAGGAUAGCUUGUGGAAUUUGCCACCUAACUCGAGGAGAGCUGAUCACCUGCCCUCAGUGCCUUCAGAGCUACCAUUCCCAUUGCCAUUUCUCAAAUGGAAAGACUAAAUGUAGGAAUUGCUCCAGGAAUUGGGGUUCAGAAAGGGAAGCUUCAAUCAACAGUCUUCAGAUGAACCAGCACAUAAGUGAUCAGAGCUUAGCACCCUCAGAGCAACUGCUGAACAAAGAUGAAGUGGACUCUAUAAUGGGGGAGAGCUCUAUAGAUGGGAUCCUGCAGUGGGCUUUCCACAACAUUUCACGCCCCAUCUCUGACUCUCAGGGCUAUUUUUAGUGAAACUGUGAAUUCCAGAAAUCAUAGAAUCCCAUUUCUUUGCAAAAGAUAGGCUGGUUUAGACAUUAAAUGUUAACUUCAACUAAAACGGGGGUGCAGUUGCAAUUUUUUUUUGUCUCUCCCACAAAUGUAUUACCGUGCUUAAAAGUUUUGUAUGACUUUGUCAAAAAUAACGAUGAGUAAAAUAACUUUGCAAUACAUUAUAUGCAUCAAAACAAUACAAGUAUAAACAUCUAAAUACACAAAUAGUCCCAUACAAGUGUAAUUUAUAGAUAAGCAAU